AUGCUGAAGCGCCAGACCCGACAGCGGCGCGAGUUCCUCUACAAGAAGGCCCUGGAAGCGCGGGAGCGGCAGAUCUGGGAGAAGAAGCAGGCGGUCAAGGAUGCGCUGGCCAGGGGGAAGCCGGUGCCGACGGCGCUGAAGAACGAGCUCGACGAGCUGCGCGAGGCGAUGGCCAAGGACGGGGCGAACAGCGAACCUUUGACCCAUGUGGACGAUGAAUACGACCGCGCGGGGAUCGAGGACCCGAAGAUCCUGAUCACGACCUCGCGCAAUCCGAGCAGCAAGCUGUUACAGUUCUCGAAAGAGCUGCGCCUAGUGUUCCCGAAUGCGCACCGGGUGAACCGGGGGAAGUACGUGAUGGGGGAGAUCGCCAGUGCGUGCCGGGCGAACGGGAUGACGGACCUGGUGAUGGUGCACGAGCACCGGGGUGUUCCGGAUGCGCUUGUCGUCUCGCACUUCCCGCACGGGCCGACGGUGCUGUUCACGCUGCACAACGUGCUCCUGCGGCACGAUGUGCCGAGCGGGUCGAGUUCGACUGUGAGCGAGCAGUACCCGCACCUGAUCUUUGAUGGCUUCUCGAGCAAGCUCGGCGGGCGGAUCUCGAGCGUGCUCAAGUAUCUCUUCCCGGUGCCCCGCGAGGAGAGCACGCGGGUGAUGAGCUUCCAGAACCAGUCGGACUUUAUCUCGUUCAGACACCAUGUGUUUGUGAAGACCUCGCACAAGGAGGUCCAGCUGGCAGAGCGUAUGAGAUUCGGCAGGGGACUGUUGAGCAGAAGGAGGCUGAUCUGGAGUGGGUUCUGCGGCCCUACCAGCGGACUGCCCGGAAGCGCAAGCAGCUCUGAACCGAGCAACAGCGCACUCGGCAGAGCCCAGCACCUCGGCCCCGACCAGCGCGCCCUCGCCUCCCGCCUCCUCGGAUCCUCCCCCGACAGCCCCGCCACCGAGCCCCCGCCGCCAGUCGACGGCACGUUCCUGACCGUCAUCGAUCCUGACCUGUCCUCCCGUCUGGCCGCCGCAAACCCUUCCUCAGCCUCAGCCUCCCCCGACCACUCCCAGCCGGGCAGCAACUUCAGCACCAGCCCAAACCCACAGCCGGAUCAGUUCGGCCGAUCUGCCUCCAACACCAGAAACCCAAGCACCACCCGCUCCAAAACUGGCAAGCGCAACUUCUUCUCCACUCUCCUCUCGCGCGCCUCGGGCUCCAACUCCAACCCCACCUCGCCCGGCCCCUCCUCGUUCCCCGGAUCCGCAAGUCGCAAUCCCUUCGAAUCCACCUUCAACCGUCCCUCCAAUCCCGAUCACCACAGUCGCGCUCCGAAUCAUCGCUCAGGCCUCGAGACCUAUGGCACGUCCAAUCAGGCCACCGAUCCUGCCCAUCCUGACAGGACAGCUAGCCCCGGGUUAAAUCCCUCAUACGCCACCGCGUCAACCCUGGCGUCCAUGAACCUGAAACUGACCCCCCUGACGCCCACCCUGCCCGCCUCUCGAAACUCGCAGCCGCUCUGCGGUGCGAUUCUUGACGACAAGUUCCUGCUGAUCGGAACUAACAACGGGCUGGACUUUGUCCCGCUCACCGCCUUCGCCAAGUCCUCCAAUAGCUCGGAUCGUUCCCGUGGCUCGGUCCAUACCGUCAAGCCGAUCAGCUUGAUCAAAAAGACCAGGUUCAAAAGCUUGAAGGUGCUUGAAGUCAGGAGCAAUAUCUUGCUGGCCAUCGCUGGGCGGAAUGAUCAUCUGAGAGUCUAUGCGCUCGAUGGGAUCAGAGCGAUCGUUGCCAAAAAAAUUCAAGAUCUGGAAGAAAAGGAGGAUUUCGUUUGGCUGCCCAAGACGUUGGCCCGAGUCACCCCGCACAAGGGCAAGGAGCGCGUCUCCAAUCCUCAAGCGCAGCCCACCGCAUCCAACUCACCCCAAUACUCCCCGCCUCCGCCCUAUGGCGGUAAGCUCGGGCCUGGUCAAACGAUGGCCAAAUCCAGCUCCUGCCAACCUGCCUCCCCUGCGAACCAUCAGGCAAGCCCGGUAUCCCGAUCCCCAGGAAAAUCAGCCCUGCGCCGUAGCAGCACCGUGGGCAGUCGACUUCCGAGCGCAUCAGCGGCUUACGAACUACUCGACACUCGUCGAAGCAGUUUGUACAGCGCCUCCGAUGCAUCCUCUUUCAUCUCGCCCCUCGGACUCGUAGCCCCGACGACACUCACAUCAGCCCUUCAGUCGCUCAGGGCCGAGAAUUCUGAUCGGCUCCCUCCAAAUCAUCCGGCUCUCGGCCAAGCGCCCGUCCAAGUUGGUCUCGAACAAGCAGCAACUGAAGAAAGCGGGAAUGGAUCUUCCCAACCCGGACCGCCUCCGAUCAUCAAUAUCGAUGAUGAUCUCGCUCAGCGCUCGAACAUCACGGGUGCUAACCAUGUCGGGCCGGUCGGCAAACCUGAUCAGGGCACUCGAGCGAUCCCCGGACAAGGGGGCCCGGCUGGGCCUGCGUUGGUCGAAGUGAUCAGGAAACGCUCCCAAUUGCUUGCCCAAGCCGGCAAGCGCGUCAAUCCCAACUCGCCCAUCCAGCCGAUCUCAAGCUCCCGUCUGGUGCCCCGGUCUGCGUUGGCAACAGACACCGACAACGAGUCGAUGGAUGGCAGCCAUCUUAACCUGGUCGAUGUCCUGUCUCAACCCGCCCCAAAAGCAUCCACCGCGCUCGGCAUCAGCACCUCUGCCCCGGGGCGCGAGCCGCGUAGGUCGACGGGAGAGGCCCCAUCUGUGGUCAAGAAGAGCUCUGUGCCUCCGUCGAUAACCACGCCAAAUGAGGCGGCGCGUCCACAGAUCAACGUCACUGACGAGAUCACCGAACUGGACCCUCAGUCGAAUGCUGCGUCAACCUCCCUUCCCCGACCGGGCCUCAUCACCCCGAUGUCUGACGAUGUUCACAGAGUGAGCUCGUCCCACAGCUCGCCCUCGCCCCUGCCCACGCCCUCCAGAGCCGCGCCCUCUCGCGUGCCCUCAGGCGUCCAUUCGGACCAGGAGAACCAACCAAGCAGCCUCACCGUGCCCAGCCGGUCCAAGAAACGCUGGUCCGUCAUGGACUCCGUCUUCCGCACCCACAGCAACAGCAACAACAACAACAACAACAGUGGCAGUAGCAGCAACAGCAACUCCCACCAUAACUCGCCCUCUAACGCCGGCUCCUCGGGCCUCCUCCCCGCUCGCUCAAGCACCGACGACUCGCUCGCCAGAAGCGCCUCCUGCAACCAGUUCUCGCCCUCCCCAUUCCCCGAGGCCCAGAACGCCACGCUAAGGUCGAGGCCGUCGACGCAAAAGCUGCGGGCGAACGUGUCCGAGUCGAAUGGCGAGUUCGGCGGGAUGGCCGGGAGCUCGACGGGGCCAGCGACGACCCUCAACGGCGCCUCCGGGCCGAAUCCUCCCGGCGGCCCCGCCAUGGCCGGCUCUCGCGCCGAGUUCGAGGACCAGCCCCGCGAACGUCUGGCCACCCAUUUCCACGGCCAGAACGCGGCCGAAUCCGCUAAGACUUCGCCCCACCCUGCUACCCUCGGCGCCCCCCUCGAAUACGUCAAGCUCGCCAGAACUAAGGGGGCCAAGUUGCUGCGGGCCUACGAGACUCGUCGCAGGACGUAUUUGGCCGUGCUUUGUGGGGAGUCUAGCGAGCGAAUCGAGCUGUUUACCGGCUCUAAAAACAUCUCGUUGUCUCUGAACCGAACGUUUGUUCUGCCCGAGACUCCAAGAACGAUCGAAUUCCAGAUGCAGGGGGAUGAUUUGGUUGAUAUUUAUUUGGUGUAUGAUGAGAGUGUGUUUGCACUCGAGCCAGCUACCGUGCGUGUUCGUGAAGUUGGGAUUGGAAGGAACGAACGGCGGGCGGCCAGGAGAGAGCGGGAGCGAGCGGCACGUGAUCUAGCAUCCAUCAACAUGCGUCCCGCGGUGACCGCCACUGGAGCCGACGGCGCCGCUGCGGCCAAUCCGGGUCGAGGAUACAUGACUGAUCCAGCAACAGAGUCUUUGAUCGAAGCGGUGGGCGCACCUGCACGAACCACCGUAUCCGCCUCCCCAUCGACAGUCGAUGACGGCCUCACUCUGUCCGCACCUGUCCCGUCCUCCUCCUUCCGACAAGCGUCUGUGGCCCACACCUCGAACAUUGCCGGAGGCUGGGGCUCGCAUGAGAACCCAGGCGGAGGCAGUAGUGGCGGCCAUCCUGGAGCAGCCAAAGUGCCCAACCUGUGGCCAUACACCACCUUCCAGCAGCUCCAGUUCAUCCCGCCCUUGCCGCCCUCGGUCCUUGCCUCGACCUUCGUCAUCCCGCCCACCUACGAAGCGGUCGUGACGGCCAGCGGGGGGCCCAAGGCCGUGCAAGGCUCGCUCGCGCCGCCGGACGAAGACCCUGCCCGGACGCUGUCGCCAAUCAACGUCGUCGAGCCCGAGAGCGAAGACCUGACGAUCCCGCUCAAUCUCGCCGCUGGUGGCUCGGAGGCAGGCUCGAGCGCAGGCGUGUCGGGCGGCUCGGCUAAGAUCCACGCAGGCGGCGACGGCUCCGAGGGAGACAUGGAACUCUCGGAUGUCGGCGACACCACAGUGACCAUCGAAACAUCGGGCCGACAGGCCCACCAAGCUGCGGCGAAUCCGACCCCGCAGACGAUCCUGGCCGACGGCCCGCUCCUCUCGCCGAUCAGUCUGCUCUCGAACCCAGCGAGUCGCCAGAUCGGCCCGCCGGGCCUGUUCCUAGUCACGCGGGGAAAGAAGGUGACGUCGAUCGUGGACUGUGAUGGGCGGAGCGUGAUGAAGAAGCCGUUUAUCUGGAUGAACGACAAGCACGCGAAGCCGAGCGGGCCUCCGCCAGAGACCGGCGGGGGACAGCAGCAGGCGUUCCGGAUCGAGGUGGUGCUGAUCGACGAGCGCAGGACGGUGUUGGUCGGGCUGGACCAGCAGGAAGUCAAGCUGUUCGAGCGAGCACCUCCAACGGCCGCAGCGGCCGCGACGCCAGCGGGAGGAACAACAGUCGGCCCGCCCGUCGCCCCCGGCGACCGCGAAGUCGUCUUCCUCGCCGCCAGCGUCUCCAGGAACGCGGUCGUCUGGGCCGAACGGAUCGGCAGCUCCUUCGCCAUCUACACCCUCGACUCCGCCCUCCCCGUCCUCCACCAUCAUCCCCCUGCACCCCCAAACCCCGCCCCCGCCUUCUCUGCCGCCUCGCUUACCCACGGCAUCGCUCUUCCUCACCCGGCACCGGGCCCCGCCGCCUCCUCUGCCGCUUGA